AGGAAACCGAAGCCCGAGCGUGUCCCGACCAGCUCCAGCAGCGACAGUGACAGCGAUAGCGACGUGGACCGCAUCAGCGAGUGGAAGAGGCGGGAUGAAGAACGACGGCGGGAGCUGGAGGAGAAGAGGAAGAGGGAGCAGGAGGAAGAGAUCCGUCGGCUCCGGGAGCAGGAGAAGGAGGAGAAAGAGAAGAGGAAGGAGAAAGCGGAGAAGGGCGAGGAGAUGCACUCAGACUCAGACAGCAGUGCGGAGGAUGAAGUGGCCAAAAAGGGCCGGAAAGGUCGGACCAAGGCCCCAUCCUCCUCGGACUCUGAACUGGAGCUGGAGAAAGAGGGGAAGAUCCUUGGGGUAUCGCUUUGGGGUUUGCCGUUUGCAGUCCCAGGAAGCCGGGGCGUGGGGGAGCUGCUGUCUCAGGGCUCCUGUCUGCCUGCGAGCCGGGAGACACCUUUGAAAGUGGAACGAGGCCGGAAGAAAUCUGACCUGAUGCCCGAAAGGAGGAUGGAGAAGAAAAAGGAGCCCACAGUCGAAGAGAAGCUUCAGAAACUUCACAGCGAGAUCAAGUUUGCCCUGAAGGUGGAUAACCCGGACAUCAAGCGGUGUCUGAAUGCACUAGAGGAGCUGGGCACGCUCCAGGUCACCUCUCACAUCCUCCAGAAGCACACCGACGUGGUGGCUACGCUGAAGAAGAUCCGUCGCUAUAAAGCAAACAAGGACGUGAUGGAGAAAGCUGCCGAAGUCUACACCCGGUUGAAGUCGCGUGUCCUGGGACCAAAGAUGGAGGCGAUCCAGAAAGGCAACAAAGCCGGGCCGGAGAAGGACAAGGGGGAGGCGGAGAAGGGCCAGGAGAAGCUGUCGGGAGGGGAGACACGGAAUGAGAAGGGGGAAGAGGAGACGAAUGCCG